AUGGAAGCGGCCCGGCUGCUCGGGGGCAGCGGGGCAAAGUAUGAAACGGCCGACACCAGGAAUCAGAUAAGGAGCGCCGCCUCAGCGAGGACCCAGCAAGAAGCAGCUCCAGUGAAAAGAAUGGACAAAGAUGCAGAAGCGUUGCAGGCGGCCAGAGCAGAGCUGAGCGAGGCCCGGCGGCAGUGGCACCACAUGCAGAGCGAGAUCGAAUCCCUGCACGCUGUGGAAAAGGGUUUGGAGCGCUCGCUGCGUGCCACGGAGCAGCAGUACCACAUGCAGCUACAGAACUUAGAGGCGGAGAUUGAAUGCUUGGAGAAGGACCUGCAGGACGUGAGGAGAGGCAUCGAGAAGCAGCUGCGAGAGCACGAAAUUCUCCUGAACACGAGGAUGAAGCUGGAGGAGGAGAUUGCAACGUACCGCAGCCUGCUGGAGCAGGAAGAGAACAGGUACUAUGGCUGCCUGCAGGUCGGUGCUCGCCGCCCCCUGGGCUCACGGCCUCCACAGAGCUUCAGAGCUGGGCUGUUGCCACCCUCCAUCCACCUGCAUGGCACAUCUGCGUUUUCUUUUAUAGAUGGAGUGAAGAAGCACGAAAGUGACAAGAUGGAGUUGAUGACGAAACAAGCAGUCCUAGAAGAAAAUAUUAUGAAGCAAAGUGCUGAAGCUCAUGGCACUAUAAAGACAGAAAAAGUGGACGAAGUCAUUAAGCAGUGGGAAGGCUCUUUCUUCAAGGACAACCCGCGCUUGAGGAAGAAAUCCGUUUCGCUGCGCUUUGACCUGCACCUGGCAGCGGCCGAGGAAGGGCACAAACCCAGCCAGCAGAAAGCCCUGCCUGCCAUCGAGGUCAGGCUGGUGAUGAGGCGCUCGUGCAGCAUUCCCUCCAUCACACCCUAGCGCUGGGCACAGCAGGCCGGAGCCCCCUGCCACCGUACGGCCCUGCACACAACGCACAGCGGCGGGGAGAAGAGAGGAGAGGCAGAUCCUGCAAAGCCUGACUGCCUCCAGCUCUCUGCUCCGGGCGCAGGCUGCAGUUCUCUCAUCGCUGUUGUUUUGUAGUACUUCUCCAAA